AUGAUCCUGCGCCCCGUUCUCGGCGGACCCAAUCCUUCCGUCCCUCCGUUGCCGCUAGUGCCAAGUGUUGUGCGGAAUGCGACGACCAGCGCCCGCCGCUGUGAUGCGUUGCAUCUCUCAGCUGGGGCUGUUCACCAGCAUUUAACUUCUUAUAUCGCCUCGCCUUCCACACGGUAUAAUUUCUGUCAACCACUACCAAGCUGUUUCCUCCGUUCUUUAUCGUGA